AUGACUACCGUUUUAUCGCCAUUUGUAUCAUUUUUAGAGCUUAUUCCGGAUUGUCAAAAUGGUGGACAGUUUGUGGCAGAAGAUGGUAAAUUGAAAUGUUCUUGUCCAUCAAAAACAUUCGGUGACGAUUGCAGUCUAGGAGUUUGUGAUGUUGAAAGUGAAAACCCUUGUGCCAGUGGUAGUACCUGUAUACCGGGAGAAAACAUUGCUGAUGUUCCCAACUGUGUUUGCACGCCCGGUACAACUGGAAAAUAUUGUAACGAGCUUAUUCCGGAUUGUCAAAAUGGUGGACAGUUUGUGGCAGAAGAUGGUAAAUUGAAAUGUUCUUGUCCAUCAAAAACAUUCGGUGACGAUUGCAGUCUAGGAGUUUGUGAUGUUGAAAGUGAAAACCCUUGUGCCAGUGGUAGUACCUGUAUACCGGGAGAAAACAUUGCUGAUGUUCCCAACUGUGUUUGCACGCCCGGUACAACUGGAAAAUAUUGUAACGAUACCAUCAAGGAUUGUAAAAAUGGUGCUGAGCAGAAGGAGGUUAAUGGUGAAUUUAUUUGUGAUUGUGUAGCAGGAACGUUCGGUGACGAUUGUAGUCUAGGAGUUUGUGAUGUUGAAAGUGAAAACCCUUGUGCCAGUGGUAGUACCUGUAUACCGGGAGAAAAUAUCGCUGAUGAUCCCAACUGUGUUUGCUUUCCCGGUACAACUGGAAAAUAUUGUGACGAUACCAUCAAGGAUUGUAAAAAUGGUGCUGAGCAGAAGGAGGUUAAUGGUGAAUUUAUUUGUGAUUGUGUAGCAGGAACGUUCGGUGACGAUUGUAUGCUGUAUCUUAAACCCUCUUUGAUUUUCACACCACAACCUUCAGAUUAUUUAUAUACUUAUUUAAUGGUUUCAAAUAAUAUCGCAUUUGAUGAUGUCAAGGGCAUAUUAAAGAAAAUGUUAAAAUGGAACCACCUUCAAGGUCUAGGAGUGUGUGAUCUUGAAAGUGAAAACCCUUGUGCCAGUGGUAGCACCUGUAUACCGGGAGAAAAUAUCGCUGAUGAUCCCAACUGUGUUUGCUCGCCCGGUACCACUGGAAAAUAUUGUGACGAUACCAUCAAGGAUUGUAAAAAUGGUGCUGAACAGAAGGAGGUUAAUGGUGAAUUUAUUUGUGAUUGUGUAGCAGGAACGUUCGGUGACGAUUGUAGUCUAGGAGUUUGUGAUGUUGAAAGUGAAAACCCUUGUGCCAAUGGUAGUACCUGUAUACCGGGAGAAAAUAUCGCUGAUGCUCCCAGGUGUGUCUGCUCGCCCGGUACAACUGGAAAAUAUUGUGACGAUACCAUCAAGGAUUGUAAAAAUGGUGCUGAGCAGAAGGAGGUUAAUGGUGAAUUUAUUUGUGAUUGUGUAGCAGGAACGUUCGGUGACGAUUGUAGUCUAGGAGUUUGUGAUGUUGAAAACCCUUGUGCCAAUGGUAGUACCUGUAUACCGGGAGAAAACAUCACUGAUGUUCCCAACUGUGUUUGCUUGCCCGGUACAACUGGAAAAUAUUGUGACGAUACCAUCAAGGAUUGUAAAAAUGGUGCUGAGCAGAAGGAGGUUAAUGGUGAAUUUAUUUGUGAUUGUGUAGCAGGAACGUUCGGUGACGAUUGUAAUACCAUCAAGGAUUGUAAAAAUGGUGCUGAGCAGAAGGAGGUUAAUGGUGAAUUUAUUUGUGAUUGUGUAGCAGGAACGUUCGGUGACGAUUGUAGUCUAGGAGUUUGUGAUGUUGAAAACCCUUGUGCCAAUGGUAGUACCUGUAUACCGGGAGAAAACAUCACUGAUGUUCCCAACUGUGUUUGCUUGCCCGGUACAACUGGAAAAUAUUGUGACGGUCUAGGAGUUUGUGAUGUUGAAAACCCUUGUGCCAAUGGUAGUACCUGUAUACCGGGAAAAAAUAUCACUGAUGUUCCCAACUGUGUUUGCUCGCCCGGUACAACUGGAAAAUAUUGUGACGAUACCAUCAAGGAUUGUAAAAAUGGUGCUGAGCAGAAGGAGGUUAAUGGUGAAUUUAUUUGUGAUUGUGUAGCAGGAACGUUCGGUGACGAUUGUAGUCUAGGAGUUUGUGAUGUUGAAAGUGAAAACCCCUGUGCCAAUGGUAGUACCUGUAUACCGGGAGAAAAUAUCACUGAUGUUCCCAACUGUGUUUGCUUGCCCGGUGCAACUGGAAAAUAUUGUGACGAAUGUGGGUACAAUUACUCGAACGAAACAGAUUUGUUUCCCAUUCCCUAUAUGACCGAAACAUUAUGUGAUAAAGCGAAAUGUGAUGCAAAUUGUGCUAUUGAUACCAAAUGUUCCUGUGCUACCGUAUCUGGUGAUGGUGUCUGUCAACUUUAUGAAACACCAGUUAUCUUCGUGUCGUAUGAUGCAAAUGAAGACGCCUGUUUUGAAAGGUGCAACGCGACGAGUGAAUGUAAAACCAUUGGUCUUACGAAAAAAGAAAAAAUUGGUUACUGUUUUUUAUUUAACGUUACCCUAGACCAGAUACCAGUUGGUAUUAAAAUGUCCAAGACUGAUGAAAGUAUCGCAGCAGAAAAAAGGAUUCGAACCCACGGAACAUAA